AAAAGGACUUUGCACGCCUGAGUACGCGUCUUCUCCACGCAUCACGCCAACUAUUGCCUUUUUUGUCCUUUCACACACACACACACCACACACACAAUCGCAAGGAAGAGUUUGUUCCCUCCAUUCUCUGUAAUCUAUCGAACCACCACCGAUUCUCUGAUUUAUUGGUUGGAGAAAACGCCAUGAACGGCCAGCGAACUCGAACGGACGACCCGUUCCUCCUUAACUACAACGCCACCGACUUGCGAAUCGCGUCGGAAUUUCUCUCCAAUUGGCUUCCUUUCCUAUCCAGAGGCCUCUGUGGCCGCUGCACUCGAACCCUCUCAGAUCGCAUUCGAUCCCUUAAACCAGAAUUUGCCGACGAUGUGGAAAUCUUAAACAAAGAAGAGAGAGUUGGGAUUUUGAGUUCAAAUAAUGUGGAUUUGAAUGAGAUUAGUGACAAUUCCGACUCCAAUUCCCUGGGGAGUUGGAAGGAUGGGGCAGAUACGAAUGAUACGGCAGAUACAAAUGGGUGGUUGGACCCUGUUGGUGAGUCCACCUCGACAAGCGGAAUGACAGGCUCCCCAUCACAUGAUGAAAGCUGGAGAGCAAAAAUGUCGUGGGCUGAGAUGGUGCAGGAAGAUGAGCUUGAGGCAGAGGAAGAGAAUGAAUCAAAUGGGCAUGCGCUGUCAGGAGAGGUGAUAAUGGCAGCUAAGGACAGGCUGAAGCCGGAGUUCUCAAUAGAUCGAAGAGAGUACAUCCGGUUUAAUAAUGUUCGGAGGAAGAACGAUUUUAUCUGCUUGGAGAGAGUUAAAGGGAGAUUUGUUAACAUUCUUGAUGGGCUGGAGCUCCACAUGGGGGUUUUCAGUGCUGCGGAGCAGAAGAGGAUAGUUGACUUGGUGUAUUUGCUUGAGGAGAAGGGAAAGAAUGGGGAGUUGAAAGCGCGCACAUAUACUGCACCAGAAAAGUGGAUGAGGGGCAAGGGGCGUGUGACCAUCCAAUUUGGUUGCUGUUACAACUACGCGACAGAUAAAAAUGGUAAUCGCCCAGGCAUCAUGCGGAAUGAAAUUGUGGAUCCUCUACCACAUCUUUUUAAAGUGAUGAUCAGGAGGCUCAUAAGAUGGCAUGUUCUUCCUCCAUCCUGUGUACCUGACAGCUGUAUCGUCAACAUUUAUGAUGAAGGCGACUGCAUACCUCCUCACAUUGACAACCAUCAGUUUGUUCGACCUUUUUGUACUGUUUCAUUUCUGAGUCAGUGUAAUAUAAUCUUUGGAACAAACUUGGAAGUUGUGGGUCCUGGCGAGUUUACUGGUCCUAGCGAAAUCCCCCUGCCCUUGGGAUCUGUCCUUGUAUUAAGUGGAAAUGGGGCCGAUGUGGCUAAGCACUGUGUGUCUGCAGUACCUACUAAAAGGAUAUCAAUUACUUUCCGGAAAAUGGAUCAAUCAAAAUGGCCUAUUGGAUUUGUUCCGGAGCCUGAUUUGCAGGGACUUCAACCCUUGUCCUAUGAAGACAGCACACCAAAAAGUUUGAACAGUUCAAAAUCAAAACUUCUUGUGGACAGACAGGAAGGAAGAAGAGUGCCGGAAGGAAGAAGAGAGAAUAGGAGAGACCAAGCGAGGGGAUCAUCCACAGAGAUAGGCAAUAUGCAGUCAGAGCCUCGUUACUCAACUCGGUAUCAACAAGGGUCCGGUAAUAGGUGGAUAGGCAAUAUGCAAUCAGAGCCUCAUUACUCGACUCGGUAUCAACAAGGGCCCGGUAAUAGGUGGAUAGGCAAUAUGCAAUCAGAGCCUCAUUACUCGACUCGGUAUCAACAAGGGCCCGGUAAUAGGUGGAUAGGCAAUAUGCAAUCAGAGCCUCAUUACUCGACUCGGUAUCAACAACGGCCCGGUAAUAGGUGGAGGUUCAGGGUGAACUUGGACAGGUGAUGGGUGCAUUGGUGCUGGUGUUCAAGCACAUGCCAGCUGGUCUGUGUCAUAUUAUAGUGUUUUAUUAUUCUUAUGGUGUGGCCUUGUACUUGAGGGUUUUACAUCAGUUUUCAUUGUCAAUUCUUUGUACGAACAAUUUAAUGGAUGAAUAAAAAUAUACUAAUAUUUUUGCAUGGUUUUUGCAA